UAUCACAGGCAGCCGCAGCGAUUGGCUCUUUCUACUUAGUGAGAGCGAGAGAGUAGUCUGCCCUCCCUCUCUCUCUCUCUCUCUCUCUCUCUCUCCCUCUCUCUCUCUCUCUCUCUCUCCGGCUGAAGGACCUGCGAUUAGCACAGCUACUCCCGCGCUCUGCGUUAAAGAGACACCAGCCCCCCGGAUCCUCGCUCACUGCCUCUGCAUGACUGUCACCAAGAUGUCAUGGCGUCCGACAUACCGAAGCUCCAAGUUUCGAAACGUUUACGGCAAAGUCGGGAGCCGGGAGCACUGCUUCGAAGGCAUCCCCAUCACCAAAAAUGUCCAUGACAACCACUUCUGCGCCGUCAACGCCAAGUACCUGGCCAUUGUCACGGAGAGUGCGGGCGGAGGGUCCUUCCUCGUCAUCCCGAUCACCCAGACUGGCCGGAUUGACCCCCACCAUCCCAAGGUGUGUGGUCACCAGGGCAAUGUGCUGGACAUCAAGUGGAACCCCUUCAUUGACAACAUCAUAGCUUCCUGUUCCGAGGACUCCUCGGUGCGGAUAUGGGAGAUUCCCGAAGGCGGGCUGAAACACAACAUGACAGAGGCAGUGCUGGAGCUGUACGGGCACAGCCGGCGCGUGGGCCUGAUCGAGUGGCACCCCACCAGCAGCGGGAUCCUCUUCAGCGCUGGCUACGACUACAAGAUACUGAUCUGGAACCUGGACAUUGGCGAGCCGGUGAAGAUGAUUGACUGCCACUCAGACGUCAUCCUCUGCAUGUCCUUCAACACGGACGGCAGCCUGGUGGCCACCAGCUGCAAAGACAAGAAGCUGCGCGUGAUCGAGCCUCGCUCCGGCAGGGUGCUGCAGGAAGCGAACUGUAAAAACCACAAAGUGAACAGAGUUGUGUUUCUGGGCAACAUGAAGCGCCUUCUGACAACGGGCGUGUCACGAUGGAAGACCAGACAGAUUGCAUUGUGGGACCAGGAGGACCUCUCCAUGCCCAUAAUCGAAGAGGAGAUUGAUGGCCUCUCUGGGCUGCUCUUCCCCUUCUAUGAUGCUGACACACACAUGCUCUACCUGGCGGGCAAGGGAGACGGGAACAUCCGAUACUACGAGAUCAACUCUGAGAAGCCAUACCUGCAGUAUCUGAUGGAGUUCAGGUCCCCAGCCCCUCAGAAGGGACUUGGCGUGAUGCCGAAGCAUGGGCUGGACGUGUCUGCUUGCGAGGUCUUCCGCUUCUACAAGCUGGUGACACUGAAGGGUCUGAUCGAGCCCAUCUCCAUGAUCGUGCCGAGGAGGUCGGAGACGUACCAGGAAGACAUCUAUCCCAUGACCCCGGGCACGGAGCCAGCACUGACAGCUGAGGAGUGGCUGAGUGGAAUCAACAGAGAUCCAGUGCUCAUGUCCCUGAAGGAGGGCUAUCAGCGUCCCGCUCAGAUAGUCUUCAAAGCCCCUGUGAGGGAGAAGAAGGGUGUGGUGGUCAACGGCAUUGACCUGCUGGAAAACGUGCCCCCCAGGACAGAGAAUGAGCUCCUGCGGAUGUACUUCCGGCAGCAGGACGAGCUGCGGAGGCUGAAGGAGGAGCUGGCGCAGAGGGACGUUCGAAUCCGACAGCUGGAGCUAGAGCUCAACAACCUGAGGAACACCCCAAACAACAUGUGA